UCUCUGCCUUGUGAUUGGUGGCUUACCAUCCAGAUGAGCCUCCUCCAUUUUUAGGACAAUCAGCUCGGCUUUUUUUUUCGACUACUACGGUUUUGUGUCUUUUUGACCAAUCUCUCUGCUCGGAUCAGUUCGGCGAGUGAAUUUGUUCUCGAUUAGCUGGUGUAGAUUGAUUCCUCGGAAAUUCUGUGACCUGAAUUUCUUCAUCUCAGAGUGCCCUUAAACAUACAAAAAAUGGACAGGACGGAUCUGAUCCAGAAGGCCAAGCUGGCGGAGCAGGCUGAGCGCUAUGACGACAUGGCAGACUGCAUGAGGGAGGUGACUGAGAUGGGAGGCGAGCUGUCAAACGAGGAGAGGAACCUGCUCUCUGUCGCUUACAAGAACGUGGUUGGGGCGAGGCGCUCUGCCUGGAGGGUGCUGUCCAGCAUCGGCCAGAAGACCGAUGGCAGCGAGAAGAAGCAGCAGAUGGUGAAAGAGUAUCAGCAGAAGGUGGAGACGGAGCUGCAGGAAAUCUGCAACAAUGUCCUGGUACUGCUGGAUAAUCAUUUAAUCAGUAACUCCACAAACCCAGAGAGCAAAGUAUUCUAUCUAAAGAUGAAGGGAGACUACUACAGAUACCUUGCAGAAGUUGCCUCUGGAGACACCAAGACAAAAACCAUUGAAAGCUCACAGCAAGCAUAUCAGGCUGCAUUUGACAUCAGCAAGACCGAGAUGGAGCCCACACAUCCCAUCCGCCUGGGGCUGGCACUUAACUUCUCAGUCUUCUUCUAUGAGAUCCUCAACUCCCCAGAGAAGGCCUGCGAACUGGCCAAAAAGGCGUUUGAUGAUGCUAUAGCAGAGCUGGACCAGCUACACGAAGAGUCCUACAAGGAUAGCACCCUCAUCAUGCAGCUCCUCAGAGAUAACCUCACAUUAUGGACAUCUGAUAAUGCUCCGGAGCCGGAUGAGGGCAAUGCUGGAGAGGCAGAGGCCGGGGAGACGGAGAACUAGAGUGUGCAUGCCCUAACUGUUGGGGAAACAACAAAAAUGAUUUGAAAAUUGAAAAAAACAAAACAACUUUUCUCAUUUUAUGCUUCAUUACACUCCACUGCUACAUUCCAUUGCUGGAAAUGACCUAAAGUAACCAAGAUAAAGUCCCUCAGCAGAUCAGAUUUGGAGAUUUCCUUCCAUCCCUGUAGUUUUUCUCUCUGCCUUCCCAUCUCGUUCAGCUGUAGAAAGGCAAAAGGUAAUCUAAAUUGAUUUGAGACCCCAGGUAGAAAAGUUGAAAACCUGAUCACAUGUCAUCUCAUUGCAUCAUUUUGCAGGUUUUCUACCAGGUUAUGUGGUACUGUUACAUUUUGCUUGGGUUUGAUUUGAACAAAUUUUUAUUCUUCAGGGAAAAAGUGGGUGCACUUUCACUUGCUGGCUAAAAACGUUUCAACAAAGCCAAGCACUGCCCAGUGGCUGAAUAUUCAGUUCUGAUCCCAGUGACUCGUUCACUGAAUUCCGUCUGCUUGAGGUGAACUUGCUGUUCUCUUCUGACCAACUACCAAUUUGUUGUCAGUGGAGAGAAGCAGUUCCAGAUCCUGCACUCCUCUUCAAAUUUUACACUGGAAUGGGAACAAAAGUUUUUAGCCACUCGACAGAAGUGAAAUAUGUUAAUCUGUUUGGUGAUAUACUUUCUCUCUGUUGAGAUUUGGACCACUUUUGUUUUGUAAAUUCAGUUGGUAGUCCCUAAACGCCCUGUGGAACUGUUGAAUCCUGUUGCAUCCACUAUGUUAACAUGAAUAAAACAUUUUAUAAGCCAA